UAGUCUGGUAGUUUCAUACUACUUGUAGUUUGCGACUCUGAUGUUGUCCGCUCUGGUUUGCCUUUGCAGUUGUCAUGGUUUAGAAACAGCACACUGCAGUUUUCGACAAUAAACAUCUGUUUAUCUUUUUUCGGAAGACCGUAGUACGCAUAUUUUUCAUCAUGGCCAUCCCCCAAAACUCCGGUGACUUUCUCUCCGGCGGAUCCGAUAGUUCAAAGGAAGUGACGGAAGUUAUGGAUGGGGAUGCUACCGCAAUUAAUCGCUUAUACGAAGAACUGCUAACAAAGACGUCAGAGUAUCUGAAAUCGGAAUUUGAAGGAACAGCCGAGGAUUACAGACUUAUCCAGCAACUAAAUUUGGUUUCCAAAGAAAAGUACGAGGAACUUCUCGUGGUGGCCAAACGAUUUCGCGAAUCACUGGGAACAAUGAAUGAUCGUUUCACUUGUAUUUUGCCAUUUCUUGAGCGGAUCGACGCCGUUGAAUCCCAAGUUAACGAACUGGAAAGAUCUGUUUUCCGUUUGGAUACUUACGCAAAGCAAUUAGUUCGACCUUUCGAAAUUGAUCAUUGCUCAUACCGAGUCAUACGGCACUUGAGAAGCUUUACCAGGAUCCGUCAGGACUUGGGCGUACAGCAGGAAUGGAAGUUGUUAAAUUUUUUCAGAAACUCGUUUCAAAGCCUUGGAGAAAAGGUGAUCCACGAAGCAUUUCAUGAAGCGGAACAGCAAUCCUGUUAUGUCUGUGAUUGGAAGUUAUUAGUGAAUUCAGCCGGACACCAGCCAUUCUCUUCCUUAUUCCCUUUGGAUAUUUCUAUUUAACAACGCUUGUGCAUUAGGUGUUCAAUCGUUUUGUAUUUUAGAUGUUGAAGCAAUCUAGUACAAUGCUAAGUAUCGCAGAAACUAUUUUACGGUGGUAGCUGUAUCGUCGUUUUAAGCGAGCAGUUGUUUGAUACGUAAUAAUAUUAUUCAUAGUACAAUGGAAAAUACAAGUACAUACAGAAAUGCAGAAUUACUUACUGGUUACUACUGAUGCCUGAUGGUGAAUAAUACGUGUGUGUAGAUACCUAUAUUAAUCGUGAUUUUGGUUUUUUGUUACUGUACUUCUUUGGGAUUGCCCAGCUUAUUAGGACUGGCAGCUUGGGAAUUGGGAUAUUAUUACAGUAAUAAUUGCAGUUGUUUUGGGUGUGUUGUUUUGAUAUGCUAUUAGUGUUUUAGGUGUCAGGCUCUUCAUGUUGUUUUGGGAUGCAUUAGUGUAUUUAUAUAAAUAUUCUUACUUUGUA